UCCUCACCAUAUAACUACACCCAAUUCUCCUCUCUCACUCUCUCUCUCGUUCUCAGUGAUCAUCACACUUAAGUUGGUUCCUCUCUCUCUCUUACGACAAUGGCAAUCUCUUUUGGUGCUAAACUUUGGCUGCUGCACGUUCUGCUCUCCUUCGUCGGUCCGGUUUUCGCCGGAAACUUCUACCGAGACGUAGACAUUACCUGGGGGGACGGUCGUGCCAGCGUCGCCGACGGCGGGCAAGUCCUCGCCCUUUCGCUCGACAAGUUCUCGGGCUCGGGGUUUCAGUCGAAGGACGAGUACCAGUUCGGUCGGAUCGACGUGCAGCUCAAGCUCGUCCCGGGGAACUCCGCGGGCACCGUCGCCACCCUCUACAUGUCGUCGCAGGGCGCGGAUCACGACGAGAUCGACUUCGAGUUCCUCGGGAACCUCACGGGGGAGCCUUAUACCCUGCACACCAAUGUGUUUGCUCAGGGGAAGGGAAACAGGGAGCAGCAGUUCCAUCUCUGGUUUGAUCCAGCUGCAGAUUUUCACACCUAUUCCAUUGUGUGGAAUCCGCAACACAUCAUAUUCUCGGUCGACGGCACGCCGAUCCGCGACUUCAAGAACCACGAGGCGGCCGGGGUGCCCUUCCCGACCAGCCAGCCGAUGAGGGUGUACGGCAGCUUGUGGGACGCCGAGGACUGGGCGACGCAGGGCGGGCGCGUCAAGACCGACUGGUCGCAGGCGCCGUUCGCCGUCUCCUACAAAAACUACAAUGCCGACGCCUGCGUCCCCUCCUCCUCCUCUUCGUCGUCGUGCGGGGCGGCUUCGUCGAGCAUCAGUUGGUACAACCAAGAGCUCGACUCCGCGGAGCAGGGGAGGAUGAAGUGGGUGCAGGAUAACUACAUGAUCUACGACUACUGCAAGGAUGUCGAGAGGUUCCCGCAGGGGAUGCCGGCGGAGUGCUCGCUGCCGUAGAAGAUCUUCGAACAGAUGUUUGUGUAUUUUGAUGCACUGCAAAAUGAUGAUUCUUUUAUUUGUUCAUAGUAUUUAUGGGAUUUAGGAUUACAAAUUAAAUUCAUUUGGUUUAUCGUAUUGAUAGAACAGAUCAUCUGUAACCGUCAUACUCAGGGUGUAUAAUGCAAAAGAAUUUGUUUAGAUUUUUUAGCAUUGGAACCAUAAUC